UCACUAUCAUGGCAGCGCCACUCAACGCGCGCCCUUCGGCCUCAGGCUUCGACUUCGGGUCCAUCUCUCGUAAUCACCACCUCACCACCUCAGGAUCCGUCCGCCCGCCCAAGGCCACCUCAACCGGCACCACACUCGCAGCCUGCCGCUAUCCAGGCGGCGUAGUCAUCGGGGGUGAUACGCGUGCCACAGAGGGCCCAAUCGUAGCAGACCCAGACUGUGAGAAGGUCCACUAUCUUAGUCCUUUCAUCCGCUGCGCAGGAGCGGGAACGGCAGCGGACACAGAGAUGGUUACUGCAGAGAUCUCUUCCAACCUGAUGCUCCAUGAGCUCCACACCGGUCGUCGACCUCGUGUCGUAACGGCUCUCACCAUGUUGAAGCAGAAGCUCUUCCAAUACCAAGGCAAUAUCGGUGCUGCUCUCCUUCUGGGAGGCGUAGACGACUCUGGCUGCCACCUCUUCUCCGUCGCACCGCACGGAUCGACAGACAAGCUCCCCUUUUGUGCUAUGGGCUCGGGAUCUCUUGCCGCUAUUGCUGUGCUUGAGAGUGGAUUCAAGCAGGAUCUGACCAAAGAUGAGGCAAUUGCGCUGGUGUCCAAUGCCAUCUUGGGGGGAAUUUUCAAUGACUUGGGAUCGGGCAGUAAUGUGGACAUCUCAGUGAUCACCGAUCAGGGUACAGAGUAUCUGAGGCAUCACAUCAUGCCGAAUCAGAGGGGGCCAAAGGAGCAGAAGUACCUCUUUCCCAAGGGAGUCACGGCCUACACCAAGGAGGCAGUCUACGACAUGGUGGUGCAGGAAGACAUUCUCGCAGUGGGCAACACGGGCAACGUCGUGCCGCCUGCUGGGGGUGGCGAAGGGAUGGACACGGGAGCGUAGACGUGGG